CCGCUAGUAAUGAAUACGCCCCUGGUAUUUUGAGAUUUUUAAUGAUAGCUGUGAUAGCGCAAAAUGAAAAUCCCCAUGCAUAAUUGGUAGAGUAAAACUGCAAAACACACUUGGAAUAAGGUAGAUAAAUCAGCAUCCCUGCUAGUAACAGUGUCGGGACAAUGUUGGCUGCAAACUAGCAACAACAUUUUUUCAUUGCACACACAUUCAGCAAGGUGUACUACUGGCAGGCUAGCUAGCUAAGCUGUCCGUGUUGUCAGAAGCCAAGCAGGACUAACUUACUUUGAAGGCAUACAGACUCGACUAAGGGCGUUUCAUAUUAGAUAAGGCAAGAUAUUUAGAGGACAAAAAGGACAUGCUGGGCUGUAAGGAACAGGACGGUGGGAGUGUAGCACCAGCUCACUGGCUGUGACCCUCUAACGGAGUACGGUAACCCAGCACCCUGAUUGUACAAGUAGACAUGCACCAGGGAUAAACCCAUUCCCUUCCCCAUCAAGUUCUUUAAACUACCCCCCCCCACCUCUUUCUCAGGGGGUCUAGUGGACCAGUUUGGGUCCCAGACAGGCAGGCCCUGGGGUAGGGAAGAGAGGGUGAGGGAUAAAGCCUAGUUCUUUGGGGGCUGGGAGGUGAGGUGAGUGAGAGGUGUGGCAUUUGGAGGAGGGAGUGCAGCAGGAGGCACAGGGCCAGCCACAGACAGGUCUGUGGUAGAGAGGGACAGGCCUCAGCCCCAGGACUCCCAGGGUCCCCAGCCGCAAGACGGCCCAGCCAUGUCUAAAGGAGGUGAGGCUCCAGACGGCGGGGAACACCCUCGCUUCUUCGUAGGCUGCGACGACAACGAGGGCGAGGAAUUGCUGGACCCCGGGCGGGUCAUGGGCUACGACUGCCUCUACGAGAAUGUGGAAGAAGAGGAGGAGGACGAGGACGACGAGAUGUAUGAUUCGCCUCCUGAGAGGCAGAUCGUGGUGGGCAUCUGUGCCAUGUCCAAGAAGUCCAAGUCCAAGCCCAUGAAGGAGAUCCUGGAGCGCCUCUGUCUGUUCAAGUACAUCACGGUGGUGACCAUCGAGGAGGAGGUCAUCCUCAACGAGCCUGUGGACAACUGGCCACUCUGUGACUGCCUCAUCUCAUUUCACUCCAAAGGUUUUCCAUUGGACAAAGCAGUAGCCUAUGAGAAACUCAGAAACCCGUUUGUCAUCAAUGAUCUGGAUCUCCAGUACUACAUCCAAGACAGGAGGGAGGUGUACCGGAUCCUGAAGAACCAGGGCAUCCUGCUCCCACGUUACGCCGUUCUCAACAGAGACCCUGCGAGACCAGAGGAGUGUAACCUGGUGGAGGGGGAGGACCACGUGGAGGUGAACGGUGAAGUGUUCCAGAAGCCCUUUGUGGAGAAGCCUGUGAGCGCCGAGGACCACAAUGUCUACAUCUAUUACCCCACGUCGGCCGGAGGGGGCAGCCAGAGGCUCUUCCGCAAGAUUGGAAGCAGAAGUAGUGUUUAUUCGCCCGAGAGCAAUGUGCGAAAAACCGGAUCCUACAUUUAUGAAGAGUUCAUGCCAACAGAUGGAACUGAUGUGAAGGUGUACACAGUGGGGCCGGACUACGCCCACGCAGAGGCCAGGAAGUCCCCGGCCCUGGACGGCAAGGUGGAGCGGGACAGUGAAGGCAAGGAGGUGCGCUACCCUGUCAUCCUCAACGCCCGCGAGAAGCUCAUCGCCUGGAAGGUCUGUCUGGCCUUCAAGCAAACGGUCUGUGGUUUCGACUUGCUACGUGCCAACGGCCAGUCGUACGUGUGCGACGUCAACGGCUUCAGCUUCGUGAAGAACUCCAUGAAGUACUAUGACGACUGUGCAAAAAUACUGGGAAAUAUCAUCAUGAGAGAGCUGGCUCCCCAGUUUUCCAUCCCGUGGUCCAUUCCUCUGGAGGCUGAAGAUAUCCCCAUUGUCCCCACCACCUCUGGAACCAUGAUGGAGCUACGGUGUGUUAUCGCUGUGAUUCGUCAUGGCGACAGAACUCCCAAACAGAAAAUGAAAAUGGAGGUUCGGCACCAGAGGUUUUUUGAUCUAUUUGAAAAAUGUGGCGGGUACAAAAACAAAAAACUAAAGUUGAAAAAGCCAAAGCAAUUACAGGAAGUGCUAGAUAUCGCAAGGCAACUCCUUGUCGAAAUCGGACAGAACAACGAUUCCGAAAUUGAAGAAUCCAAAGCAAAACUUGAACAACUGAAAACAGUCCUUGAAAUGUAUGGCCAUUUUUCUGGCAUCAAUCGCAAGGUUCAGAUGACGUACCUUCCACAUGGGUGCCCCAAAACAUCCAGUGAAGAGGAAGACGUGCGUAGGGAUGACCCUUCUCUGCUGCUGGUGUUGAAGUGGGGUGGGGAGCUGACCCCGGCAGGCAGGGUACAGGCUGAGGAGCUGGGGAGGGCCUUCCGCUGCAUGUACCCUGGAGGACAAGGUGACUACGCAGGAUUCCCAGGGUGUGGCCUGCUGCGCCUCCACAGCACCUACAGACACGACCUGAAGAUCUACGCCUCCGACGAGGGACGCGUUCAGAUGACAGCCGCUGCCUUCGCUAAGGGACUGCUGGCGCUGGAGGGCGAGCUGACACCAAUUCUGGUGCAGAUGGUGAAGAGUGCCAACAUGAACGGGCUGCUGGACAGCGACAGCGACUCUCUCAGCAGCUGCCAGCAGCGCGUCAAGGCCCGUCUCCACGAGAUCCUGCAGAGAGAUAGGGACUUCACUGCCGAAGAUUACGAGAAGCUGGCACCCACCACCAGCUCCUCCUUGAUCAAGUCCAUGCAGAUGAUCAAGAACCCGGUGAAGACGUGUGACAAGGUGUACGCUCUCAUUCAGAGCCUCACUCUGCAGAUCAGACAGAGGAUGGAGGACCCCAAGUCAGCUGACAUCCAAUUGUACCAUAGUGAAACUCUGGAUCUGAUGCUGCGGCGCUGGGCCAAGCUGGAGAAGGACUUCCGGAUGAAGAACGGCCGCUACAACAUCAGCAAGAUCCCAGACAUCUACGACUGCAUCAAGUACGACGUGCAGCACAACAGCUCCCUCAACCUGUCUAACACUAUGGAGAUCUACCGCCUGUCCAAGGCCCUGGCCGACAUCGUCAUUCCACAGGAGUAUGGUAUCUCUCAACCUGAGAAGCUGGACAUAGCCAAGGGCUACUGCACCCCCCUCAUUCGCAAGAUCCGCUCCGACCUGCAGAGGACACAGGACGACGACACCGUCAACAAACUGCACCCUGUGUAUUCCCGUGGAGUCAUGUCCCCGGAGCGUCAUGUCAGGACCAGGCUGUACUUCACCAGUGAGAGCCACGUGCACUCCCUGCUCUCCAUCCUCCGCUACGGAGCUUUCUGUGACGAGACCAAAGAUGACCAAUGGAAGAGGGCCAUGGAGUACCUCAAGGUGGUCAGCGAACUGAACUACAUGACACAGAUUGUAAUCAUGCUUUACGAGGACCCUAACAAGGACCCUUCGUCUGAGGAGCGCUUCCACGUGGAGCUGCAUUUCAGCCCGGGAGCCAAGGGCUGUGAGGACGACAAAAACCUGCCCUCAGGGUUUGGCUACAGACCAGCUUCUCGAGAGAACGAGGGAUCCAAGAAGAAGUCUAAGGAAGACAACGACGAGGAGUCGGCCGCCGCCAACGCCAAGCGGGACGAGCCGGACCGAGCAGCCCUAAUGAUGUUCAGGCCACUGGUGUCUGACCCCAUCUACAUCAACAGAAAGUGCCCACUGCCCCGCUCCAAAAAGAUUGGCUCUGUGGAAUCCCCAUUGCAGCCAGACUUUAUCAAGACCGCAGCUGGCAAAGAAGAGAGCCCCCUGAGUGUGUCUAGCCCUGACUCUAUUGGUACCUGGCUUCAUUACACCUGUGGUGUUGGUACUGGGCGUCGAAGACGCAGAUCAGGGGACCAAAUCACUUCCUCCCCUGUCUCCCCCAAAUCACUGGCUUUCACAUCCAGUAUUUUUGGCUCAUGGCAACAGGUUCUGUCAGAGAACAAUGCCCAUGCACAGCGACCUGGUAGACUAUACUCUGAACACAAACUCACCCCAGGAGUAGGGUCUCAUUGCGCUGGUCUCUUUAGCACCAUGGUGCUCGGGGCCUCCUCCAGUGCACCUAACCUACAAGAUUAUGCUCGCGCGCACCGUAAAAAGCUGACCUCUUCUGGCUUCUUAGAUGGUUUUGAGCUGUACUCCAUGGUUCCGUCCAUAUGCCCCCUGGAGACCCUGCACAACUCGCUCUCGCUGAAACAGAUAGACGACUUCCUGGCUUCCAUCGCUGCAUCUCAUGAGUCGCUCCUGGACAUCUCUGCCUCCUCCCCAGCUGCGAAAAAAACUCCUUUGAACACUUACACUCCUGCAAAGAUAUUGCCCUGCCCUUUCACGCAGGGCAAGAAGAAUAUGGACAAGGCUGCAACUGGGAUCAGCUCAUCGCCCACUAAAGAACCCCGGUCUGGCCCUGCCGACCCUUCCCCAAACGCUGCAGCAGGGGAUAAAGCAUCCCAGCCGUCCCCUUCUCAGCCCACCACAGAAAGUAAAGCAGCCCUGCAAUCCUCCUCUGAGGACCUGGAACCUCCUACUGGAUUCUCAGCCACCCUGAACCCAGCAACUCAACAUGCCUCCAAAGAGAAACUGGAAGCCUCAACCCCAGACAAAUGGGUCAAGCAGACUCUGCAGCACGAUGCCCAAAGUUGCAAAGUGCCACCACAAACCCAGAGUGGUGACGUGUCACCACCAUCCCCUGCCAAAGGUGCACCAAGUGGCAAAGUCCCUUCAAAGAACCCCACCCAAGAUAACCUUACUUGUAAAAUGUCCCCACACUCACCUUCCAAAGAAAUCCAGAGUGGUAAAGUGUUACCACAAACGUUUACCCAGGAUGCACCAAUUGGUAAAGUAACACCACAAGCCCCUUCCCUAGACCCCACAGAAAAGGGGUCCAAGACUUCACCCCAUGACAGAGUUCACCAGGGACUGAAUUCUAAAGGGACUCUUGGAGAAGGUGCCAUGUCUUUGACCACCAGUAAGGAAAGGGAGGCAAAGCUGGACACCAAAUAAACAAAUGUUCUGUUCAAGGUCAAAACAAUAUUGCAAUUGUUACAUAAUUAGGAUUAGAUUAACCAGAAAUCACAAUCUCGUCUAGACUAGGGUUAUUUGUUACAAAAUGCUGUUACACAUUUAGCUGAGCUUACAACAUGGCAAUUUCAUGAUGUUUCUAGGGAGGGUGUCACUGUUGCACAGUGUGUGUAAAAGGUACACUUAACUAAGACAUGCAAUGUGUUUGUGAUUGUCUCUGCUACUGUAUGACUGCUUCCCAUUUGAUUCACCUGUUGCUAGCGUCUUGUAUAUUUUAAUGUAAUGCCGAUGUAUAGAAUUUAAAUGUUGAAUAUUCUGCUGCCUACAUCUCGCUGGAUUCCUGAACUGAGACUAAUGGAAUGGAUGUUCUGGCUCAUCUUGAGCCUACAAGGUCCAAGCUAUGUUUGAAGGGUCAGAUAAAAUAUACUUGUUUCCUGUACAGGGUACAUAUGUUUUUCACCUAUAUUUUCAGACCUACUCUGAGCUUGCGCUUCAUUUCCCAUUCAUGAAACUGGAAUCGGAAGUGUCUGCCUUGUGCACACUGUAAUGACCAUCGUUUUCACUCUUUAUUACAUUGUAAUCAAACAUAUAAUUGUUGUGUGUAUAUAUAUAUAUAUUCAGAAUAAAAGUUCAGGGAAAAUCCUAA